UCUCCGGACACGAGACCGGGGGUUAAAAAUCCAGAGACUGAAACAAUAAAAACACUAAACGAUCGCUUUCCCACACACACACACACAUACACACACUAACACAGGGACACAAAGGACGAAGGAUUCGGCACUCAGCAGUCAGCAAUCCGGCGAGGACUUGUGCGUCUGUUAACAGCCGCAUUUGAAUUUAAAUGCGAAACGUUGAUCAAACGGUGCAGACGUGUUUCUCCCAACGGUAGCGCUCGGCGUUUUUCCCUAACGAGUUUUUCAUGCCACGCAUCGCAUCAAGUGAAGAAAGUUGUACAAAUUUUAUACUGAAUAAUAACAAGAUAAACGCAGAAGUGAAAACUAAAGAACAAAAGUGCUGAAAUAAAUAUAAGAACUUGCCAAAGCAAAAACAGAAAAGAAAAUCAUAAGCCAUGUCUUCCUCCGAGGCCGAAGUCGACAUCAGUGUGGUCUCCAGUCCGGAGCCGAGUCCUUUGGGCGCCGCCGUCCGCGACAGUCCGCUGCUGGCCCGCUCGCCGGCCCGCUCCGCCGACGGCAGUUCGCCGCCCGCCACGCCCACCCAUCGCUCCAACACGCCCAACACGGCCGCCGGCACGCCCACCACCUCCGCAACGGGCGGCAAUCACUUCCACCACAGUCCCAGCGGAGGAGCCGUGCCGCCGGCGGUGCUGCACCACCAUCUGCAGCACCACCUGAGCACCCUGGGCGGCCAUCCGGUGGCCCUGCAUCAUGCGCUCCACACCUUUGGACACUUGCAUCCCGCCCACGGGGCCACGCAUCCCGCCCUGCUGCAACACGCCCUCACGCCCACCAGCCAGCAGCAUCAGCAGCAGCAGCAGCAGCAACAGCAACAGCAACAGUUGCAGGCACAGCAGCAACAUCAGUCGCAUGUCGAGCGUUUGAGUCCGCCGCCCAAAAGUCCGGAGCGGAAUGGCGGCGAAGAGGUGCAGGGCCACCUCAGCCUCAACAACAACAACAGCAAGGCCCUCAAUCACAACAACACUUGCGCCUCCGCGGCUGCAGCGGCAGCAGCGGUAGCGGUGGCGGCGGCCAACCUGAGCAACAACAGCAACGACAGCAACGGAAGCAGCGGGGGCGGCGGCAAGGGCACCACCGGAUCGAACGGCUUCACCAGCUUCUCCAUCUCCAGCAUCCUGAGUCGCAGCGAACCGGCCAAGAAGAACGGCGCCGCCGGCUUGAUAACACCCAUUCCGCAGUUGCCGCAACCAGGAUCCGGCGGACCCCAGGAUGCAGCCAUGCUGUCCAGGCUUGGCUUCAUCUCGCAGUGGGGAGCGUUGGCGGGUCGCUACGCCGCCCUGUGUCCGCCCGGAUGGCCCUGGGCCCCCCAGCGACUGCCCUUCCACAGUCCCACCCAUGACAGUUCCUCCACGAACACUACCGAGAAUCCCCCAUCGCCCACUUCCAUGAGCCCGAAUAACAACAACAACAACAACAACAACAACAGCAACACCACUGCCAACUCGAACCAGGCCAGCAAGUCGCCCCUCCACCCCCUGUACCACCCCCUCAAUCCGCAACAGCAACAGCAGCAGCAGCAACAACAGCAACACCAGCAGCAACAGCAUCCACAACAGCAACAGCAUCCACAGCAGCAGCAGCAGCAGCAGCAUCCACAUCAGCCCACCACGCCCACCAGCAGCAGCAGCAGCGGAGGCGGCAGCAGCCUGGCCCACCACUCGCAUCAGCAUUUGGGCGGCUCACACGGCGGCUACUUGCUGCCCAGCAGCUCCAACGAAUCGGACGAGGAGGGCGAGGAGAUCAUCGAGGAGGACGACGGCACGGACGGACCCUCCGACAGCUCCUCGCCGCACGGCGACGGCAACUCGAAGCGCAAGAAGAAGACACGGACGGUGUUCUCGCGGGCCCAGGUCUUCCAGCUGGAGUCGACCUUUGACCUGAAGCGGUACCUAAGCUCCUCGGAGCGAGCGGGCCUCGCUGCCUCCCUGCGGCUGACCGAGACGCAGGUGAAGAUCUGGUUCCAGAAUCGUCGCAACAAGUGGAAGCGCCAGUUGGCCGCCGAACUGGAGGCAGCCAACAUGGCCAACAUGGCCCAUGCGGCCCAGCGAUUGGUGCGGGUGCCGGUGCUCUACCACGAUGGCACCACGGCGGGAUUUGUGCCGCCGCCGCCGCCGCACCACCAUCCCAUGCAGUAUUAUGCGGCGGCACGCAACACCAGCCCCCCGCGACCGCCCCUCUCGUCGCUGGUAUAGGGCGUGGGGUGCCUGGCGGCGCCCAUGUCGCUGCUGAAGCCGCCCACCGCCAUGCCACACCCACAUCCGCCCCAGCCGCCGCUCAUGCAACGCCCCUUCCUGAGCUGCGACACCAUGAUGGAGGCGGACAUGGACUCCGAUUCGGAGCAGGAGCGAACCCAUCUCGACGACGAGGAUGCCGCCAUCGAUGUGGAGGCGGAUGAGGAGCAGGAAUCCGCAUCGCCAGUCCGCUCGGCCACGCCCCCGAAGAGUAGCCUUUGCCUGGAAAGCAAGGAGCAUGCUGGCCAGCACAAGGAGGUCACCGCUGCCGCCGUGGACAAGUCGGCGAACCAAAAGGCCUACUGAGCCAGAUCCAACCAAGUGGCUGUACGGAGAAAAAAUUGCCGUACCUUUGUGUAGUACAUUUUGGAAAUAAGAGAGGAAAUCUGGAAAGAUCAUGAUCCAUUUGGCAAUAAUUUGAUGGUUAUAAUAUGGUAAACAUUCCAAGAACAUGGCAUUCCGUGCAAGACCACAUCAAUGGGUUUCAAGUUUUUAAAAUAGUUUGUUCCUAGAAAACCCCCUGUAAAUACCCACAACUGAAGCUCCUUGUAAAUUUAAAUGUCUCUUGCUCAAUAAGUUUAGGCUUUAGAAAACCCCACGCCAUGUACAUACACAUAGAUCACGAGUGGAUAGUGUGGGUGGUUGCAUCACUUUUAGUAUCGUUUUUGUUUGGCUUUUGAAUCUUUAAAUUGCUGGUCAAGUGUAAGUUAAGUUCGAUAUGCUAAGCCGAGCUCCCCGAGGACCAAGGCAAUCGAUGUUAGUUUAGUGCUUAUCGUAAGAUGUGUGUCAAGCAAUUACCAAAUAAUUAGUUAAAUUAUUUAUACUUUUAAUCAAAUGUUGACAUAAUCCAAACUUCAACUGAAACCAAACCAAACUCAUAAAUGUACACAUACACACACUUUCACAAUCAUGAAAUGCUUACAAAUAUACAAAUAACAAAUUAUACAUAUAAAGGUAUUAAUAAAUUAUAUAAACAUAUAGA